AUGGCGUUCUUUGGAGGCAGUACAUCGACAACGACCGCGGCGACUGAUGCAAAGGACGUAGAACUAGUAGAUCCUCCAGGAGAUUCCAUCUCCUGCCUUGAUUUUAGCCCGACGGCAGAUUACCUUGCAGUUGGGAGCUGGAAUAAUGAAGGAAAGGCCAUGUUUACACACGAGGGACCGGUUUUGAGCGUGUGUUGGAACAAGGAAGGAAACAAGGUGUUCUCCGGGGGAGCGGAUAAGGCUGGCCGAAUGUUCGAUGUCCAAACUGGACAAGCGACUCAAAUCGCAGUUCACGAUGCACCCAUAAAAUGCGUCAAAUGGAUUGAUGCACAAGGUGGAAUCUUGGCUACUGGAAGUUGGGAUAAGACACUAAAGUACUGGGAUACGCGUCAAUCAACACCCGUCGCCAAAGUUGAUCUUCCGGACCGGUGUUAUACGAUGGAUGUGACUUAUCCUCUUUUGGUUGUUGGGACUGCAGAGAGGCAUAUACAGAUGUUCAACCUCAAUAAUCCAACAACCGCAUACCGGACCAUGGUUUCCCCUUUGAAGUGGCAGACACGCGUGAUAUCAUGUUUCACCACCGCGAACGGAUUUGCAGUUGGUAGUAUUGAAGGGAGGGUUGCCAUCCAAUACGUUGAUGAAAAGGACUCGAGUCUGAAUUUUUCAUUUAAGUGUCAUCGAAAGGAUCAAGGAACCACGAAAGACAAUACACAUGUGUUUGCCGUGAACGAUAUGUCAUUCCACCCUGUUCAUGGAACUUUUAGUACGGCAGGUGCGGAUGGUACGAUCAACUUUUGGGACAAAGAUUCGAAAACGCGAUUGAAAACGUUCGACCAAGCGCCCGGACCGAUCUCCUGUACUGCCUUCAAUAAGACAGGCUCACUAUUUGCAUAUGCGGUGUCUUAUGAUUGGAGCAAAGGCCACAGCGGUAUGACAUCCGACCACCCCAAUAAGGUGAUGCUUCACGUUACCAAAGAUGAGGAAAUCAAGCGUCGCCCCAAGAAAUAG